AUGGACACUGCUCAAAGGAAGGUAGCCCUGAUUACUGGCAUAACGGGUCAAGAUGGCUCUUAUUUGGCAGAAUUUCUGCUGUCAAAAGGAUAUAUUGUUUCUUUUGAGUUAAGUGAGUAUACUGGAGAGGUGGAUGGCCUUGGAACCCUUCGCCUUUUGGAUGCCAUAAGGACUUGCAAACUAGAUACUCAAGUAAAGGUCUAUCAGGCAUCAAGUAGCGAACUCUUCGGAAAAGUUCAGCAGAUUCCCCAAACUGAGCAAACACCAUUCUAUCCUCGUUCUCCUUAUGGUACAUAUGGAUUUUUUUAA